GUCAGCCAUGGAGGCGUGAAGAAGACUACAGGCCCUCUCUCUCUCUCUCUCUCUCUCUCUACAAAACGCAUUGCCUCGGUCUGACCCCAAACCCCAACAUUCGGCGAAACUCUCAUUCAACUUUUUGCCAGCGAAAUCAAAACGCAAACCCAUUUCUUUCCCCUUUUCAAAUGUUUGUUUCUUCCCUCAAAGCCUUUACGCUUCGCAUCUCUCUCUUUCCUCAUCUUCUCCCUUCUGUAACUCGCCCCAAGGCACCCCAAAUUCCCAACGAACAGUUGACACUCUGAGUUUCAGCAGAUAGACAAAGAAGAAGAUAAGUUUGAGGAAGUGGGUCUUAUUUGGCGCGGUUUUGAUGGCCUUUCGCCCGAUGUUUUGCUGUGGAAUUGGUUCCGAUCGGAAAGAAAGAGGGAAGAAACAGCAAACGUGGAGGGUCUUCUCGUUGAAGGAAUUACACUCUGCCACAAACAAUUUUAAUUAUGAUAACAAGCUUGGAGAAGGAGGAUUUGGUAGUGUUUAUUGGGGUCAGCUGUGGGAUGGAUCACAAAUUGCAGUUAAGAGGUUGAAGGUUUGGAGCAACAAAGCGGAUAUGGAAUUUUCCGUGGAAGUUGAGAUACUGGCCCGAGUUAGGCACAAGAAUCUAUUGAGUUUACGUGGUUACUGUGCCGAAGGGCAGGAGCGUUUGAUCGUGUAUGACUACAUGCCCAAUCUAAGUCUACUCUCUCAUCUACAUGGACAUCACUCGGCAGAAAGUCUUCUCGAUUGGAAACGCCGAAUGAAAAUCGUUAUUGGGUCUGCCGAGGGAAUUGCCUAUCUGCACCACCAAGCAACUCCACAUAUCAUUCAUCGAGACAUCAAAGCUAGUAACGUUUUGCUCGAUCCAGAUUUUCAAGCUCGUGUAGCCGACUUCGGGUUCGCGAAACUCAUCCCCGAUGGUGCAACACAUGUAACUACAAGAGUCAAGGGCACACUUGGAUACCUCGCUCCGGAAUAUGCCAUGCUAGGGAAGGCAUCAGAGAGUUGUGACGUAUACAGCUUUGGCAUUCUCCUGCUCGAGCUGGCCACCGGCAAGAAACCCCUCGAGAAAUUAAGCGCAACAAUGAAACGCACAAUCACGGACUGGGCAUUGCCAAUGGUAGUGGAGAAGAAGUUUGAUGAACUUGCAGACCCAAAGCUAAAUGGAGACUACAAUGCAGGAGAGCUAAAGAGAGUCAUCCUUGUCGCACUCAUCUGUGCCCAUUCACGACCCGAGAAACGACCCACAAUGCUCGAGGUGGUGGAGCUGCUGAAAGGAGAAUCAAAAGAGAAGGUAGCCAAGUUAGAAGACGAUGAGAUGUUCAAGAGCCAUCAGGUAGGUGCUCAAGCUAAAGAAACAGCAGCUGGUGAAGAUAGCUCAGACUUCAUUUCAGAAGAAAAGGAUUCAACACAAAACCCACAUGACAGCAGCUUAUCAGUCUACUAGCAUAGAAAGAAGUUUCAGACAGCUCUGUUUUUUUUUUUCUUUUUUUUUGGGGAGUCCAAGGUUAGCUCUGGCUGUCCUUUACAAAAGCAUGCCAGGGGCAGGUGGUAGUAAUUUGGCUAUUGAUUCUCAAGCAUUGUUUUUUAUGAGUGCAGCUGAGAGAUUGUAUGAUUUGUGGUUGCCCUUUUAGACUUUUUUUAUUAUUAUUAUUUUUUUGGGUUCAAAUUUAUGUUUGAAUAUAUAUUGUAAGUGACAUCAAAACAAACUGUAUUCAACCUGGUGGUUCUCUCUAUAUGCAUGUAUAGACUUCUUUUUGUUUCCA